AUGACAUAUACCACGGUGGCUACGCUCAUCCUUCUUUCAUAUGACGGGGCAUGUAUCGUCAGCAGUGUUCCGUGGCAUGUCGUGUGGUUUGGAGCCACUGCGAUAAUUACUCAAGCCAUCAUCUCCAUAGCUGGGUUAUCCCCUACGGCAAUAAGAGAUCUCAGACGUCAAUCAACGUUGUUCGCAAUCAUCACUCGGGAUUCCUUCUUCACCUUCUUGUUGGUGACAACCCUAUCCGCUAUCAUUAUAACCCACGCAUCCCUGCUGGCCCCCAUCAUUCCCUCCUUGUUUAUAACGACGUUGUCAAUCAGCGGUUGUCGCAUGAUUAUCAACAUGUUGGAAACAGAAGCUCGCAGUGGACGGACAUUACAAACGGGCUCAGUGCACCUAACGUCGCUGUUGAACGCUCUCGGCUCAACGUCUUCAGGUGGGUCGGUAGAACAGGAUCCAUCUCAGGUUGUCCAGAAUUCGUCGCCGCAUAACCCUAGCACGGCGUGA